GCUGUUACGCACAGUGUGAUUACGCGGAAAUCUUGGAUGCCGCGAAGUGUUUCGAAACAAUUGGACAGCGUUAUUCAUUGAACAGACUUCGUAGUGACAUCAAACGCUACUUUUCGGAAAAUGAGAUAGAUACGGUAAACAUAAUUUCCUAAAUGCCCUGAGAUGACCAAGAACGGUUGCAACAACGAAAAUGGACAAAAGUCAGAGGAAAGAAGUGAAGAAUCCAUGUCAGAAUGCCAAUCCAUUGUCGAUUCUCACCUUUUGGUGGAUCUUCAAGUUGUUAAUUACUGGAUACAAAAGGGAAUUAGAAGAGAGUGAUCUGUAUUCCCCGCUGCGCGAAGACAAGAGCAGCAAUUUGGGACAACGAAUUGUGAAGAAUUGGGAGAACGAGGUGAAACGAUGCGAGAAGAAAAAGGACAGCUCGAAGCCAAGCUUAUUUAGGGUACUCUACAAAUGCUUCGGUAAAACAGUCAUGAACACUGGAAUAGCGCUAUUUGUUCUAGAAUUCGGCAUACGAAUCGUACAGCCGUUCCUCCUCGCCAGAUUACUACGUUACUUCUCUGGGAACAGAAAUGACUGGAACAACGACAUAAACUAUUACGCUGCUGCGUUCUUCCUUCUGCCUCUAAUCGACGCUGUGAUCUUACAUUGGAGUUUACAAAAAUUAAUGCACGUGGGAAUGAAAGUCAGAGUGGCUUGUUGUACUUUAAUUUACAGAAAGAUACUUCGACUGUCCAAUUCGGUUCUUGAAAAUGAGACGUCUGCUGGACAGAUGGUCAAUUUCUUGAGCAACGAUGUCAACAGGCUUGAUUACUUCGUUUUUGGUAUUCAUUAUUUAUGGAUCGGUCCUCUUCAGGUCUUUCUAAUAGCCUAUCUUAUAUACCGUGAGAUUGGAGUAGGUGCUAUCACAGGGAUGACCACAUUUUUACUAUGCAUACCAUUACAGUUAUAUCUUGGACGAAAGGUGUCGUGUUUAACUCUAGUGUCAGCUCAAAAAACUGACGAUAGACUAAGCUUGAUGAAUCAAAUUAUUGCUGGAGUGGAGGUAAUUAAGAUGUACGUUUGGGAGAUACCAUAUUCGCUUCUUGUUGAGAAAGCUAGACGGAAAGAGGUAAACGUGAUAAAGAAGUUUUCGAUCGUCGAACAGAUCGGUUUAACGUUCGACAUUUACAUUCCUCGAGUCAGUUUAUUCAUUACCAUAUUGACGUACGUUUUCACUGGAAAUAAUAUCGAUGCUGAAAAAGUCUUUAUGAUUGCUGCAUUUUACAAUAUCUUACGAGGCUCUAUGACUAUUGGCUUUGCUUUAAGUGUUCAUCAACUAGCAGAAGCAGCGGUGUCUAUUAAGCGUCUCGAGAAAUUCAUGAAGCACACCGAAGUCUCCGUAUCGCAAAAUCUUCAGAACCAAGUAGCCACAGAAUCUGUGCCCAUUCAUCUGAAAAACGUCACUGCCAGAUGGGACGAGUCUAGAGAUUAUACCUUACAAAACAUCGAUCUAACUGUACAAGCUGGUAGUUUCAUAGCAAUCAUUGGUCAAAUAGGCUCAGGAAAGAGUAGUUUAUUACAAGCGAUGUUACACGAGUUACCACUGCAAGAAGGAACUUUAGAAACCAGCGGAAAGAUAAGCUUCGCCGAUCAACGGCCAUGGAUCUUCGCUUCCUCCGUCAGACAAAACAUCCUUUUCGGCGAGUCGAUGAGCAAGUCCCGUUACAACGAAGUCAUUCGUGUCUGUCAGUUGACACAUGAUAUAGAUCUGUUUACGCAUAACGACAGAACCAUGGUCGGUGAAAGAGGAAUCAAUUUGAGUGGUGGUCAACGAGCUAGAAUUAAUCUGGCUCGAGCAAUAUAUGCUCAGGCUGAUAUUUACCUUCUGGACGAUCCUCUGUCCGCAGUGGACUCGCAUGUCGGUAGUCGCAUUGUGGAGGAAUGUAUAUGUGGUUUCCUUAAAGGCAAAACUCGAAUCCUAGUCACUCACCAGAUACAGUACUUAAAAGGAGCCGAUCAAAUAAUCGUGAUGAACAAUGGCAGUGUUGUGGCGAAGGGCAACUUCGAGGAGCUUCAAAGCAUGAAACUCGACUUCAUGAAGAUCUUCCAAGAAGUAGAGGGGAAGAAAGAUUCGACCAAAGCUGAAACCAAGGGCGAAAAGAAGCCAAUGAUAGAAGAAACGAAGAAAGAGGAGGAAGCAGAAGCGGCACAGGAGCCAGUCGAGGUGGCAGAAACAAGGACAGUCGGGAAAAUCUCCAGUGCGAUCUUCUUUGCCUACUUGAAAGCAAGCAAAAACACAUGCCUGGUUUUUCUGAUGGUGAUCCUGUUUUUAACGUAUCAAACGAUGGCAAGCAGUAGCGAUUACUUACUCGCGUUUUGGGUGAACACAGAGGUGGCAUCGUGGGUUACCAGCGAAAAUGGUACGAUGGAUUUUCAAUGGUUUGGCCCGCUGUCUCGUGAUGGAAUUAUUUAUCUUUAUAGUGGUCUGACCAUGGGGGUCGUCGUCAUCUAUUUGAUCCAAACGUUCACGUAUUAUGGUGUUUGCAUGCGGGCCUCGAAAAAUUUGCACGCGCAGAUGUUCCGUAGUAUAGUACGUGCUGUGAUGUAUUUUUACAACACGAAUCCCGCUGGACGAAUAUUGAAUAGGUUUUCCAAAGAUAUCGGUAUUAUUGAUAAAAAACUACCUUUCACCAUGUUGGACGUUACCAUAAUGACCUUAACCUUCGUGGGAACCAUAGUUGUCGUUGCUACAGUGACCGUGUGGCUGUUAGUACCAACAUUUGUCAUUAUGCUUCUUUUCUACUAUAUGCGAGUUAUAUACAUUUCAACUAGUCGUGCUAUUAAACGUAUGGAGGGUAUAACCCGAUCGCCAGUGUUCGAUCAUGUAGGGGCAACUUUACAAGGUUUAACGACAAUCAGAGCGUUCAAAGCUGAGAAAAUAGUAACCACAGACUUUGACAAUCAUCAAGAUCUUCACACUUCCACGUGGUAUAUAUUUAUCUCCAUUUCGCGGGCUUUCGGUCUCUACGUGGAAUCGGUGUGUCUGAUUUACGUCGGAUUGAUUAUGAUUACGUUCUUGGUAUUCGAUGAUCUCGCCGUGGCUGGUAACAUUGGUCUGGUGAUAACGCAACUUAGCGGAGUCACUGGAAUUUUACAGUGGGGUAUGAGGCAAACCGCUGAACUGGAGAAUCAAAUUACCUCCAUCGAAAGAGUCUUAGAAUAUAGUAAUUUAGAGGAAGAGCCAUUUUUGGACAGUAUACCAGAAAAAAAGCCGCCAGAGGAAUGGCCCGCUAAGGGUCUGGUGGAAUUCAAAAACGUCAGGCUAAAAUAUGGACCUAAAAGUACCUAUGUUUUGAAAGGCAUCAAUUUUGUGAUCCAGCCCAAGGAAAAAGUUGGUGUUGUUGGAAGAACCGGUGCUGGAAAAUCAUCUUUAAUUAGCGCUCUCUUCCGACUAGCAUACAUAGAAGGAGAAAUUAUUAUAGAUAAUAUACCAACGGAUACAAUUGCAUUACAUGACUUCCGUUCAAAAAUCAGUAUUAUACCACAGGAACCAGUUUUAUUCGGUGGUAGUCUGCGACGAAACUUGGAUCCUUUCGAUGAAUAUUCCGAUAGUACUUUAUGGGAAGCUUUGGAACAAGUUGAGUUAAAAGGGACCAUCUCAGAAAUGGCAGCGGGUUUGAAUAGUAAAGUAGCCGAAGAGGGAUCGAACUUUAGCGUUGGUCAACGUCAAUUAUUAUGCCUUACUCGAGCACUAGUUAGAAGUAAUAAAAUCAUGAUUCUUGAUGAAGCCACUGCCAAUGUAGAUCCACAAACUGAUGCCCUAAUCCAAGAGACUGUCAGAAAGAAGUUUGUGGAUUGUACUGUCUUUACUGUAGCGCAUAGAUUAAAUACCAUAAUGGAUAGUGAUAAGAUACUUGUGAUGGACGAGGGUUACCUAGUAGAAUUCGAUCAUCCGUACGUUUUAUUGCAAAAGAAGGGAUAUUUUUACAAUAUGUUACAACAAACAGGUACUGCAAUGGCGAACACUUUGUCAGAAGUGGCAAAGAACUGUUUUUACAAGAACAACGAAGCGUCAUCUUGA